AUGGACAGGACCACGGCCGACCGAAACGAGGCAACAACCAACGGCAACAGACAGGAGGAGGCUUCUACUACAGCCUCUCUACUUUCCUCCUCCUCAUCCUUCUCCCCCUACUGCCCCACGUCCUUCCCCUCUAGAGUCAGCACUCCGUCCUGCCCCUCUACAGGUGGCGAUCCCCCCUCCGCCCUCCCAAGCGGUGACCGGUCCUUCCCCUCUACAAGCGGCGUCUCCCCCUGCGCCCCUCCAAGCGCCGGCGCCUGCUGCCUCGCGCACGGCGCGCCCGUGACGCUCGCAUCUGGGGAGGCCCGACCGAUCCAGGACCUACACUCCGGCGACACGGUGCAGACGCUCGCCGGCCCACGGCUUGUCGUCGGCUUGCUCAGAACAUUUGUUCACAGCAAUGUGCUGUGUCGUCUAGGCGGCAGCGAGGACGGUGACGUCAUGGUCAGCGCCUGGCACCCGGUGUCCCUCGACGGCGCAGCCUGGUGCUUUCCGGUGCACCUCACCUUCACGCCCGUCCUGUACACGGGCAACGUCUACUCGAUGCUGCUCGUGGCCGACGGAAGCCCCCUGGCGCACACGUUUCUGGUCGCGGGGGCGCUCUGGUGCGCCAGCCUCGGCCACGGCGUCCUCCCACCGCCGCUUCGUCUACGUCCACCCCACCGCGGGGCCGAAGAGCCAGUUUGUUUUCUUCCACCCAACCGCGGGGCCGAAGAAGGAGAAGGAGAAGACGUCCGCUCACAUCCCUUCUUCGGCGACUACGUGCUGGUGUGCGAGAAGAUGGCGGUGCUGCGCCCGGUGGACGGCGCGUACCAGUGCUACGGGGUGACGAGGGACCCGAGGACUGGCCUGGUGAAUGGCUUCAAGCCGGUGCCCCCGGCGCCGACCAUGGCCUAG